AAAGCUGCAAAAAACAUCGACUCUGUAACGGACGAGACGAAUUUGGAUGAAUUUCUGGCGAAAGCGACGCUUGCUAGCACAGAAUUUACAGCGGAACGUCUUACUGACUUUCGUUUAAUUGAGAAUGCAACAAAUUGUUCUCUACCAACAAGAGGAGAUAUCAGCUCAAGUUUAGAAUUACAAAAAAAAUAUUCACAUCGCCUUUUGAUACCACGUCGGCCGAGUAAAAGGUUGUGGGAGACACCCGAACAGUUGAAUGCAUUGGAAAAUGAGAAUUUUUUGGAAUGGAGGAAAAGCAUCGCUGAGUUACAGGAGGUAGAUGGUCUUGUUCUGACGCCAUUCGAACGUAAUCUUGAGCUGUGGCGUCAACUGUGGAGGGUCAUUGAACGAAGUGAUAUCGUUGUUCAGAUAGUUGAUGCGCGGAAUCCGUUAUUAUUUCGGAAUGCUGAUUUGGAAUCGUACGUGAAGGAGUGCGACCCAGCUAAACAUAAUAUAAUCUUGAUCAAUAAAGCUGAUCUCCUUACCGAUCGACAGAUCGAUCUUUGGCGUAAAUGGUUUCUCCAAAAUAACAUUGAUGUCAUCUUUUGGAGUGCUUUAGAAGAGCAAAAACAGCAAUCGAAAUUGGAAAGUUUGGAAGAACAAGAGGAGACAUUAGAGGAGCAAGGGAAUGAUGAUGGCGAUCAAGCGAAAACACCAUCGGAAUCUGAGUCCGGUGGUGCGGGUUCCGAUGGCGGCAUUCCGGAACAUGGACAGAUCCUAAUUGCGUAUUUGAAACGGGUGGGACGGGCCGCGUCGGUAGAUAUUGCAAGUAAUCGACUAGUCGUUGGUAUGGUUGGUUAUCCGAAUGUUGGUAAAAGCUCGACAAUUAAUCGCAUUUUGGGCAUUAAAAAAGUUUCCACCUCUUCGACACCAGGAAAAACGCGUCAUUUACAGACGGUUAUCAUUGAUAAUCAGACGUGCUCUGCUUUUGGAUUCAUGGGUGCGUCAGGCGUGCCAGACUGCUCACGUGCAGCACGAUUGAUUUUGAAGGAGGUGGUGAAUGGCCGGUUGAAGUGGGUUGCUUCUCCACCAAGUGUGGAGCAGGAGUGCUUCGAUCAAAUGACAUAUCCAGUUGAGGGAACGGGCACUCUCAAUAGAGGAGUUGUUUUGUUGCAACAGUUAGAGAAGCGGAAUCUCGUUGAAGGAACCAGCACCAUGGACAAAACAUUCGAUAGGCAGUUCUUCUGCCUUUCUCAAGGCGCGGCGCACGUUCGCACGGCUCGUCAAGGCGUUCAUAGCGAUAGUACUGGUAGAGAUGACAAGAAGCAUCAUAAUAAGGGUAAAAAAGAGAAAGGUAAACUUUGUGUUGGUGUUGAACGCGGUAAUCGAUCGUUAAAAAUGGGCAAGAUCAUGAAGACCGGUAAGGUUGUGUUGGUGCUUGGUGGGCGUUUUGCUGGGCGAAAGGCAAUCAUCGUGAAGGCUUAUGACGACGGGUCUGCGGAUCGUGCUUACGGCCAUGCGCUGAUUGCUGGCAUUGAUAAGUACCCGAAAUCAGUGACGAAAAGGCUGGGUAAGAAGAAGUUGACUGCAAGGAGUAAGUUGAGACCAUUCGUCGGGAUCGCUGGAUAUUCGAAUCUAUUACCGACACGAUAUUCAGUGGAUAUACCACUGGACAAGAGCUCAAUAAAUAAGGAUGUGCUGAAAGAACCUGGCAAAAAACGUAAAGCGCGUCUCGAGGUGAAAUCGAAAUUUGAGGAGCGUUAUAAAACGGGCAAAAAUAAGUGGUUUUUCACGAAGUUACGUUUUUAA